ACAACAAGAGAUGGCUGUUUAAAAGAGAAGGAGACGGAGACGGACUGAUUUAAAUUGUCAGGACAAACAUAACACUAGACACGGACAACGAGCCUGUGAGAACUGCUGGAUAACAAGACCUUCUUUUAAACAGAUCUGUUUCUCCAAACCACAUAGAGAUUGGAAUACCGAAAUAAUUUGAUAAAGUGAAGGAGCCACUUUAACAUGACUGAUACAGACACAUCUGGAAUGAUAAAUGAAGAUACUGAGGAACACAGAGACCUAAUGGAAUUGGAAGAAACAUCAGGAUCAUCACGGAAGCAAAAAAACGAAGCAAGCAAAUGUUUUACUUGCUCUCGUUGUGGAAAAGGAUUAGACAGCAAAGGACACCUCAUGGCGCAGUGUGGAAAGAGUUUCAUACAGAAAGGCAAUCUGGAGAAUCACAUGAGAGUUCACACUGGAAAGCGGCCGUACACAUGUGUUCAGUGUGGAAAGAGUUUCGGACAGAAAGGCAAUCUGGAGAAUCACAUGAGAGUUCACACUAGAGAGCGGCCGUACACAUGUGUUCAGUGUGGAAAGAGUUUCAUACAGAAAGGCAAUCUGGAGAAUCACAUGAGAGUUCACACUGGAGAGCGGCCGUACACAUGUGUUCAGUGUGGAAAGAGUUUCAUACAGAAAGGCAAUCUGGAGAAUCACAUGAGAGUUCACACUGGAGAGCGGCCGUACACAUGUGUUCAGUGUGGAAAGAGUUUCAUACAGAAAGGCAAUCUGGAGAAUCACAUGAGAGUUCACACUGGAGAGCGGCCGUACACAUGUGUUCAGUGUGGAAAGAGUUUCAUACAGAAAGGCAAUCUGGAGAAUCACAUGAGAGUUCACACUGGAGAGCGGCCGUACGCAUGUGUUCAGUGUGGAAAGAGUUUCAUACAGAAAGGCAAUCUGGAGAAUCACAUGAGAGUUCACACUGGAGAGCGGCCGUACGCAUGUGUUCAGUGUGGAAGGAAGAGUUACAUACAGAAACAAAGUCUCACAGGGCACAUGAGAAUUCACACUGGAGAGUGUCCACACACAUGUGCUCAGUGUGGAAAGAGUUUCAUACUGAAAAGCAAUCUUAAGGCCCACAUGAGGAUUCACACUGAAAAAAACCCACACACGUGUGUUGAGUGUGGAAAGAGUUACAAGAGCAAAAUUGGUCUUACAGCCCACAUGAGAAUUCACACAGGACAAAGCCCAUACUCUUGUGUUCAGUGUGGGAAGGGUUUCGGACAGAAAUGCAAUCUGGAGAAUCACAUGAGAGUUCACACUGGAGAGCGGCCGUACACAUGUGUUGAGUGUGGAAAGAGUUUCAGAGAGAAGAAAUCUCAUAAAAUGCACAUGAGAAUUCACACCGGAGAGCGCCCGUACACUUGUCCUCAGUGUGGAAAGGGUUUCAUACUGAAACAAACUCUCACAGAGCACAUGAGAGUUCACACUGGAGAGCGCCCGUACAUGUGCAGUGAGUGCGGAAAGAGUUUCAGAGAGAAGAAAUCUCAUAAACUGCACAUGAGAAUUCACACCGGAGAGCGCCCGUACAUUUGUCCUCAGUGUGGAAAGAGUUUCAUACAGAAACAAAGUCUUACAAAGCAUAUGAGAAUUCACACCGGAGAGCGCCCGUACAUUUGUCCACAGUGUGGAAAGAGUUUCAUACAGAAACAAAGUCUUACAAAGCACAUGCGAAUUCACACUGGAGAGCACCCGUACAUGUGCAGUGAGUGCGGAAAGAGUUUCAGGGAGAAGAAAUCUCAUAAACUGCACAUGAGAAUUCACACCGGAGAGCGUCCGUACACUUGUCCUCAGUCUGGAAAGAGUUUCAUACAGAAACAAACUCUCACAGAGCACAUGAGAAUUCACACCGGAGUGCGGCCAUACAUAUGUAUUGAGUGUGGAAAGAGCUUCAUACGUAAAGGCAAUCUGGAUAAUCACAUGAGAGUUCACACUGGAGAGCAGCCGUACACAUGUGUUGAGUGUGGAAAGCAUUUCACAACCAAGGGAAGCCUUAAAAUUCACAUGAGACUUCAUCCUGGAGAAAGCCCAGACAGCAAGAGAGCAGAUGAAAACCAUUGAAACAUCAAUGUCUGUCAUGAUUCUGCCUCAUCAUGUCAUGUCUUUCUUGGUCUUGUGGCAGAGUCAUGGCAAAGCCUUAGGUUUUGUGUGGAGAGGGACAUAUUAUUGUUAUCAUGACAUAAUAUGCGCUCUCUCCAGUCACGUCUUUGGCACCGCCCAGCCCCUCUCGUUCUCUCGUUAGCUUCGUUCAGUGUUUCAUCCCCGACACCUGUCCCUUGUUAAUUAUCCUUUGUUUGUCUCCCUAUAUAAUACCCUCGUGUCUAUUGUCCUGUGCUCGUUCGUUGUGCUUGUUUGCUAUGUACCCUGCGUGUACUCCUUGCCUUGUGCCUUGCCCUGCCCUGCCCUGCCCUGCCCUGCCCUGCCCUGCCCUGCCCUGCCUUGCCUUGCCUUGCCUUGCCUAACCUAUUCCGUGUUUGUUAGACGUUGUGUCAAUCCCUGCAUAAAGUUUAUUUUUUGUCCCCUCGUGGGAGGUGUUAUGUUUUGAAUUCUUCUUUUGUUACUGUGUCCCUAGUUCGUGUUUUGUUAUAGUUUUCCCCAUUGUGGGUGUUUUGUUUUGCCGCUGUUCCAGCUGGUGACUCAGCCGGCCUUCCAGCUGGAUAUUCCAGCUGGUCCCCAGCCUUGUACCGCUGGCCUUUCAGCCGGUCUCACAGACUUUGUCCAGCCAGACGGCCGGCAGGUCCCCCCAGGACUUCUCCCGUCAAGUCCCCCAGGACUUUGCGCUCUCGAGCGCCGCCCCGGACUAAAGCUUCCCCACCUAGCCCUAACCCCUAUGGACUUCCCCCCAUAGACUCUGUUGUUCCCCCACCCCCUCCAUUGUUUGUUAUUUUUAUUGUCCCACCCCAACCCAUUUAUUAUCAUUGCUUGUCUCCCAUUGUUAUUGUUCACCAUGUUUUGUUGGAUUUUGUAUGUUACCCAGUCGGUCUUGUCCUGUUAGUCUACCGCUUGGUGAACACCUGGGGGUGUUCAUUAAGGGGGGAGCUUCUGUCAUGAUUCUGCCUCAUCAUGUCAUGUCUUUCUUGAUCUUGUGGCAGAGUCAUGGCAAAGCCUUAGGUUUUGUGUGGAGAGGGACAUAUUAUUGUUAUCAUGACAUAAUAUGCGCUCUCUCCAGUCUCGUCUUUGGCCCCGCCCCUCUCGUUCUCUCGUUAGCUUCUGUUUCAUCCCUGACACCUGUCCCUUGUUAAUUAUCUUUUGUUUGUCUCCUUAUAUAAUACCCUCCUGUCUAUUGUCCUGUGCUCAUUCGUUGUGCUUGUUUGCUAUGUACCCUGCGUGUACUCCUUGCCUUGUGCCUUGCCUUGCCUUGCCUUGCCUUGCCUUGCCCUGCCCUGCCUUGCCUUGCCUAACCUAACCUAUUCCGUGUUUGUUAAACGUUGUGUCGAUCCCUGCAUAUAGUUUAUUUUUUUCCCCCUCGUGGGAGGUGUUUUGUUUUGAAUUCUUCUUUUGUUACUGUGUCCCUAGUUCGUGUUUUGUUAUAGUUUUCCCCAUUGUGGGUGUUUUGUUUUGUUUAAUAAAUCUUUGUUAACCCCUUCACUGCUGCCUGCAAUUGGGUCCUCUCUUCCAGAAUCUUGACAAUGUCAAUGGCAUUGAAGAUUUCUUUACUUUUGCAUCCAUAAUUAAUGUUGAAAAAAUGUUGAAAUUUCAACAAAAUAAAAAAACAGUGUUCACAGGGCCAAUUAAAUUAAACAGCGGCCAAGCUGAAUUUCAGCCAAUCAAACUGAAGAAGACCAAACUUUGCUGUAGGCAGAUGGGCACUAAACAGAAACCAUGCGUGAAUCCCAGUUUUAAUGUGUAGUGCUUUGCGAGUUUAUGCCCGGUUUCACAGACAAGGCUUAAAGGGAUAGUUCACCCAAAAAAGAAAGUUCUGUCAUCAUUUAAUUACCCUCAUGUCAUUUCAAACCUGUAUGACAUUCU